AGCGUCGCAAACGCCAAACGCCCGGAAGAUUUUCGUCCCCGCUUCCUCGCUUUCCAUUAAACUCCGCCUCAGCCCCGUGCGUUGUGUUAUCUAUCCAUCCGCCUCCCUCGCCGCUCGCCGCGUCGUUUUUUAGGGUUUUCUCCUCCUCUCCUCGCCCCCACGCGCGCGCGCACGUCGAGGAGGCCGGCAGUCCACCGCACCCGGCGAGAUGGGAUACAGCGAGUCCGCAUCGGCCGCCGCCGCCCGCGACGCGAAGAAGAAGAGGGGGAACCGGACGGCGGCGAAGCUGAAGCAGAGCAAGCUCGAGACGCGCCGCGAGCAGUGGCUGUCGCAUGGGCAAGGCAAGGACGGGAACGAGGCUAAGGUUGCUGCUCCACCAACAGGAGCAGGGUCAAAUGCUGGGUCACCGAUCCUCGCGUCCCCACACCCUCCACUCCCUCGUCGGCGUGCAGAUACGAGGUCAAGGGGAAGUGAUCCGGAGGACAGGGAGGAGGCUGGUGCUGCCGGGCUGGAGGUAGGCGGCAGCGACCUCGACUCCCCCAUUCACAGCCCUGGCUCAAACAGUUCCCAAGGCGGUGGGUGCCCUUUGAGGAAGGGGUGCUCUGGCAAUGGUGGUGGCCCUAGCCUCAGCAGUGGAAGCAGUGUAUGGUCCAGCUCGAGGAGUGUGAGUGAUGCUGAGGAGGAUGAUACAGGCUGCCCUGAGGAUGAAAGUGAAGUCUUGGAUGAUUGGGAAGCGGUUGCUGACGCACUUUUUGACGAUAACAGUCAUUGCCACCAGAGUUUAGGUCCCAUGAUCCCCCCAGCAGCUCCUACAAGUGCAACACCUGCCAAUGCAGCAAGACCUGAACCGAUUCUGAGCAAAACAAGAGCUUGGGCACCUGAUGAUAUAUUUCGUCCACAGAGCUUACCCAGUAUCUCCAAGCAGGCCAGCUUUCCAGCGAGCAUCGGAAACUGCUGGGCAGGGAUGGGGAUGAGUGCUGCACAGCAGGGUGUCCUCCCUUUGCCAUUGUCGUGUCCGAUAUGCUACGAGGAUCUUGACCCAACGGAUUCAAGCUUCCUUCCCUGCCCUUGUGGGUUUCACCUGUGUCUCUUCUGCCACAAGAGGAUCCUUGAGGCGGAUGGGCGCUGCCCAGGUUGCAGGAAGCAAUACAACACAGUGUCUGCAGCAGAAGGUGGUGGCUGCGCCAAAGCAACAACAGUUGGGAUUGGACGAGAGAUGGCAAAUGUAGCACCAGUGCGGCUAUCCCGUUCUUGUAGCAUGGGUCCAAGAUACUAGACUGUGCCAGGGACUAGCUCUAUGUUGUAGCUCGACUCUUUGCAUGUUACUGUCGGAUAUGCUAGUUUUUCCGUGUAUUGUCUGCUUUUGGUAUAAAGAAAUGUGAAUAUUGGAAUAGGUACUGAAUCCAUAUAGACUUAUCCAGGAACUCAAUUUUUUUGAGACUGUAACCAUUGCAUGUGAUGCGUAUGUUGCUGGAGAAAACUGUUUGUCGUUUGCAGUUUGUGAGAUAAUAUAUAUGCUAUAUUAAGGUGUCUGUUA